GCUUGACAUGACACAAUGUACAUCGAGGAUCACAUUGAUGUGCUUGGACUAGGAAAACGGCAAAUCGAGCCCUGGGGGAAUGUGGGGUCCUCCAUGCCCUGUCUGGAGCCAGCAAUUCCAGUGAAAUCAAUCGAUUACCAUAAAAAUCAUACACUAAUGCCUUGGAGACCGAGUGCUGGGUACGAGAACGUUCAGCUGGUGCCUUUAUCAAAAAAAUGUAUUUCCACUUAUGCUGUGGAUCCAGCCACUGGAAUGUCGACAGAGCCCUUGAAGUUCCCCAACCUGGUGACUGGAUACCAGAGGAACCCUGUCCACGCCUCUCAAUCCGCCCUUCACACCAGGUACACCCCCAACGAGUGGUUCCAGAAGCAAAUUAAAUUUUAUAAUGACGCAGACGCCAAUACUUAUUACUCCGAGAGGAUGCGAAAUGAUGCUGUCAAGAUCAUGCGGGCAGCAGAGGAAAAGGUCCAGAUCACCCAGCACGAGACAGGAAGGAGACUGGGGGAACGAAUAACAGACGUGACAUUCUGGAGGAAUGAAAUUGCUGCUGAGUUGGAGAGGCUGAUUCAGGAGUGCGAGAGACUCCAGGAUUGCAGGGGUGUCCUGGAGAAAGCUGUUCAGGACAUCGAAGGGCCACUUCACAUUGCUGAAGAGUGUCUCUACCAUCGAGAAGCUCGAAAAAGCACUGAACUGGUGCACGAUGACUCGGAGAAGUGUCUUCUUUACGAAGUUUCUAACCUCAAAACCAAUCAGAAGAAGCUCGAGGGCUGUCUCGAGAGGUGUAAGAACCAGCUGAGGAACUGUCGAGCAUCUCAACACCAACUGGAGUUGGAUCUGAAGAAUAAACAGAGCGCCCUGGGGAUCGACACUCUGUGUCAUCAAUUAAACAAUUACAGUCAUGGCAUACAGUACUACGCUGGCAUUGAAAAAUACGAUCCCUGUGUUUCAGAGCAAGAGACGUGGGCAGACGCAGCCAACAGAAUAAUCCAAAAAUCCCAGACUGAACGAGCUAAAUCCGUUCAGUUACGUGCGGAGGCCGAGGCUCUGGUGAACCGAGUGUCUCGAGAAAUGUGGGAGACCUGGACGAGCACAAAUAACGCAUUAUCUCGACGAAGUUCCGAGUUGCUGGAGGCUAAAAACCAGCUUCAGCAGCAUCUCCACAAGGUCCAACAAGAGAUCUUCGACGUCGAGAAGAACCUCGAGAUAAUGAGGAAAUCAACCGCCGACAAGAGCUACGCCCUGAAGGUCGCCCACACUCGUCUAGAAGCCAGGAUGCAUCGUCCUGAGCUGGAGUUAUGCCGCGAUUACGCUCACGUGAGCCUCCAGAAGGAGAUCGAGGACAUUAAUCAUCAAGUGGAGAAGAUGCACAGGAUGUUGAAGGAGCUUGAGUGCCAGCACCAGAGACUCCUGCGUACGAGAAACGGUCUGGAGCACGAUUUGUCCUUGAAAAUCGAUGCUAUGUACAUCGAUAAAGAGAAAGUCUGUGGUUUGAGACGAGCUUACCCAGUAAAUGCUCUAUUCAGAUUCUAAAAACAAUUAAAAAACCGAGAUUUCUUCGUUAAAAAAUUAUCUCAAAUGAUAAUUAGGCCCAUUUGCUGUCGAUUAAUCCCUUAAAUUUUGAUUAUCAUCCCCCUGACGCCGAAGAACGUCGUCCCCAGGACGACGACGAGGGUGUCCGAGUCAUAAAGCUGUCCAUAAUCACAAAAGUAAACAAUAACCCCCCGAUUUUUAAGUGAUUAACAACUAAUUAUCGUCACAAAAAUUUUUUAAACGUUCAACAAACACAAAAUCCUCGAUAAUGAGCUCAUUAAUCCCAUUUUCGAAUGAUUAAUCAUCGAUUUGAUUGGCUUCUGAGUGUUAAUUCGAUAUUCUGAUGAUUAACGAAUUUUUUAAUAAACAAAUGUAUUGAUUUCGUUACAAAAACGACGUUAGACCCAGGGAAAUGUCGAUUAAUAAUUUAAUUGAUUUAAAUUAGAGUUUAACAUUUAAUUAAUAACCUUCUGUACAAUUGACUAAUUGCCUUAGGCAAGAUGCUUCUUGAUGUAGCUGGGUACAGGCAAAUCCAGUCCUUGUUUAGCCUCGAAGAAGGUGUAGGAGAGGGUGAUGUCGUUGCAUUUCUCUAGUCUAGGGUCCUCAGCGAAUUCUGGAUCGAUGUAGAAGAAUACUGGCAUGUCAACCUUUAAUAAUGUCAAGGAAUAGUUAAUACUGCCAUAAAAAAAAACAAAUCUAUCAACCGAUAAACAAAAAAUAAAUAAUGCAAAGAGAAAUUAUUCAAUUUUCUCCCCUCAAUCCCCGAAUGUCAAUCAAUUUAUUAUUAAUUUUCUAUUUUUCUUUAUAUUCUCCUAAACAUUUACUGUACUUGACAUGUCCAGUGUUCAUUAGAAUAAAAUAAACCGAGCAAAGUGCAAUUAAAAUGCGAAUAAACUAAUUAAUAAACAAUUAACAAACUUGAUGUCAAGGAAAUUCCACUUUUGCUGGGAAAAUUCACUGAUUUCUGUACAUGACAUGACAGAAUGUCAUGUGAAUGACAUUAAUUAUAAAGUAUUUACCAAAAAUAAAGUUAAUUACUGAACGAAUCAAAAA